GGAGCUCAGUCUCCAGCUCAGACAGGAGCGCAGCAGCAGCAGCAGCAGCAGCAGCAGCGGUGGGAGCGCGUUAGGACAGGCUCCUACACACCAGGCGUCUGGACAAAGAUCCGAGGCUGCGGGACUGGGGAAGCGGAGGAUCCCAGAGCACCCCGAGCUCAGCGCAGAGCCCAAGAGAGUUGCUGCUGCAUUCACCUGCACCUUCAGCAGCUGCUGCAGCCCAGGACUGCUUCGGAGCUCACCCGAGCUGAAGAACAACAGAAAAAAAAACCGCGAGAUGGGCCAAGGGCUCAGGACUCUGUCCUGGUAGCAACAAUCGGAAGAGGGAACACCUGAGGUGCCGGGGUAGCCUGGGCUGAACACCUGGACACCCCUCCCCCUCCCAGUGGCCUCGGUGGCCUCCCCGCCCGCGGGGCAUCGAUUCCUCCUCAGGUGCGCACGGCCCGGCGGGACGGGAACUCCAUGGAGGCGCUGAGCAGCGCGGGUCUGCAGCAGAAGUGAGGUGGUCCCGCCAGGAUCGGCGGGACGCGCGGAUCAUGUACGGAGACGUGUUCAACGCCACCAGCGGCCCGGAGGCAGCGGGAAGCGGCGCGCUGGCCCCCGGAGCCACAGUUAAGGCAGAGGGUGCUUUGCCUUUGGAAUUGGCCACCGCACGUGGAGUUCGGGACGGCUCGGCCACCAAGCCUGACCUGUCCACCUACCUGCUGCUCUUCUUCCUCCUGCUGCUAUCCGUGGCUCUCGUCGUUCUCUUCAUCGGCUGCCAGCUGCGCCACUCGGCCUUUGCUGCGCUGCCCCACGACCGCUCGCUGCGCGAUGCCCGUGCGCCCUGGAAGACGCGGCCCGUAUAGAGCAGACUGAAUCAGGGCCUCGGGGGCACUUGGUCUUAGUCUCACAGAGCCUCCAGCAGGAGCAAGGCAGGGUGGGCUCCAGAGUCGCUGGCCCCUGGGACACUUCGCCUAGACCUAAAAGAUCCUUUUGGACCUGGAGAAUAAGUGAUGGCGGGAGAGCAGUUGAGGUUUGUGAGGGGUCCUGGUCCAGGUGCCUGAAAGUACUCCCCAGUCGAGUCCCCCCCUUCCACCCUCUUCAGCGGGUCCUGCCAGGAAACCAUCCAGAAAGAGGAGUACCCAGCCAGACACAGGAGCCUGGCUUGCCUGGACCCCAUGGAGACCCUCUCUGCGAGGCAGGUCCUUCCCUCACACCUUUGCUCUCAGAGCUUUCUUGGGCCUGAAGCUCCUGAACCAGAGACAGGGCUUGGUGAAGGUAGGUCCUAAAAGGGGGAGAGGGCACUUCCUCCUAAGCAGAGAGAAGUCAGUCCCGAGAGCACCACAGUAACGGAGGACAAGGAGACAGGUCUGGGACAACCUUGACUAUUUUCAAAGUCAGUCUAAUUCCAGGUAGAUGGUUGAUUUUUGACACAGGGUCUCACAGCACUGGCUUGGAACUCAUGGAGGUCUGCCUGCCUCUGCCUCUGCCUCUUGAGGGCUGGGAUUAAAGGCAUGUGCUACCGUGCCAGGCCAGGAAGUUAUUUUCAUGGCUGUGUAAAAUACUCCCAGGAGCUACUUGGCUUAAAGUUCACUUCACUUGAGCUUAGGAGACGUUUUUGCUGAAGAAGAAUUUGACAUACUAAUCCAGUUAAUUCUCAACCAUGCUGGAGUCAUGGGAGCAGGAAAAGCACAUCAGCCCCUGCCCGAAUGCAUACACACAGAGAAUCCUGCAACAUUUAUAAGGGCUUUCAGACAUGUUUGGAUGGCCGAACAGGAGGCUCGGGCAGACUAGGCAGGGUUCUCCACCAUGCCUUCUACCCCUAUCCUAGGAAGCUGGAGAGGUGGCAGGCGGUGGCAGGAAAGCUCUCAGGCGUGGGGUUGCUCACAAAGCCGGCAGGCUCUAGCUAGCACAACCCACUCCAUGACCUCCCCACAGCAUUGUAGGUUAUAGGAAGCAGAGCCAAACAUCUUCAAGCCUUCGGUAAGGAUAAACCAGCUAAUCCACAGGCAACAUGGUUGCAGAGGCGACUUCUUGAGCAUAGACGUGCAAACCACGAGCCCCUAGCUGGCAUACCAAAAUCACAUGCUCAGGACUGGGGACUGGGAGGGGUGGGGAUACUGUGUAGAAGGGCAUUCUACUACACCCCAGCGGCCAGCUUGGAAGGUGGUGUGCUGAGCCAGUCCUGACUCCGUUCUCACCCUCUGGCUUUACGUGCCAACUUGUCUCUCAAAAGCCAUAUGAUCUUGUAUGAACUAUUUAACCUAUGUCCUGUGGCCUCUUCUGUGAAAUGGGUAUGGUAUCACCAAGCUCUGUGUAACAGUCUGAACAAUGCUCCCACUGAACAGUUAUCAAAUGCUAACGAUGGUUAAAUUGAGAUACAGACUUGAGGCAGCACUGCUGAGGGGAAAAGCUGACUCCCAGACAGGGUGUGCUCACCUGACUUCUGUGGCCACAAGAAAAAGCAAUGGCUGGUCCUCUCAGAGAAGAGCAUGACUGAGUAACAGGUUCCAAAGUUAGUCACCUGUGGUUCCUAAGCCACUAUCAGCAAUAGCCACAAUGAUGCAUAGCCAUUGGGACCCCUUCAUAAAAUAUCGACCAAGGCAGCCAAAGGUGCUAUGAUAGACACAAGCUAGAACACAUGUCUCUAGAACAUGGCUGUGGCGACUUUCAACAGAUGCUUCUGGAAUACAGUCUCAGAUAACUGGGCCUACACGGAGCUGGAAUCCAGAAAGCAGACCGAGUGAGAGCGAGCCCCAUGUGCCAGCACUUUCUGAAUGACUCCAUCCAUUUCCUGGGUUCGCUGAGCAGCAAUCGUUCUUCUUUACGUAGGACUGGGGUUCCCCAGGGACAGCAGGAUGUGGCCGAGUUCCUAUCUCCUCCGCCAAUAUGCGAGCCAGAGGACUACAAGUUGAUUACAAGUUAGUAUUGUGGGCACAGUGAUAGGUGUGCUCUCCCCAACCAUAUGCUGAGGUCCUGAUUCCCAGAAUGGCUGCAUUUUCAGGGAACAGGAGCUUCCUGAAGACAGGGAGGAAGCCCUCACCUAUCCCUCAUUCCCCGUAGCUGAGAAGGCUAUGUGUGCACAAGCAGAGAUGCUGGCCAUCUUCGAACCCUCUUCCAAAGCUGACUUAACCAGAAUCUUCAAACUGGACUUCUAACUUCCGGAUUAUGAGAAAAUAAAUUCCUAUUGUUUAAUCUA